GAGUAUGUGACGUCUCACGCAGGCUGCCGAUCGGUUGUGAUGCUGUGGAUUUGACGGGCUUUCAUUCAAACAUUCGUUGAGAUCCUAAUCAUAAUCUCUAUGUGGUCUCUGCUCCGAUCCGUGAUGUUUUGAUACCUGCUGUGGAUCACAGACAGGAGCAGCUUGGUUUCCUGCCUGGCGUCUACAUCGUGGUGUCAGCCCUCCGCCCUCCUGCAGCCGAGAGGCAGCUGAGCGCUCCAUCAGGCCGCGGGGAAACCACUCUGUCUCCGGUACUCAGGGAUGAGGCGGGCCCGUGGAUGUGACAGUGCUGUGGGAUCCUGAUAAACCAGUCCAAUCAUCAUGCAGUGUUCUUGGAAGUCCAUGGUAUUGUUAGCAUUGGCCUCCAUAGCCAUCCAGUACACAGCCAUCCGCACCUUCUCCAGCAACCCUUUAAGCUUUCUGUGCUCUGUGGGCCUGGCACCUUCAGGUUUGACUGUCAACUGCAGCCCCAAAGAGUUGAUGCAGGUGGGCCAGGAGACACCCGUGGACUUGGAUCAUAGCUGUGAUAGAAGCCCCUCCCAUGCUAAUUCCUCCCCUUCUCUCUCCAAUCCUUCCUAUAAUGUCACCAAGAGAACCCACAUCCUCAUUCUGGCCACCACACGGAGCGGGUCCUCAUUUGUGGGUCAGCUGUUUAACCAGCAUCCAGAGGUCUUCUACCUGUUUGAGCCUCUGUACCAUGUCCAGUUGGCACUGCUUCCUCGGUUGGCACAGAGCCGAAACCUGGCUGAGAGGAGGGUCAUGCUGGGAGCAGCUCGAGACCUGUUAAGGUCUCUGUACCAUUGUAACCUCCACAGCCUGGAAAGUUACAUACAACCCCGUCCUGCUAGGCACUCCACUGACAAGCUGUUUAGACGAGGAGCUAGCCGUUCUCUGUGCUCCCCACCUGUAUGCGAGGCUCCACUGGGCUCGAAGGAGCAGGUCCUGGUGCUAGCUGAUGAGGGGGAAUGUGUGAGAAAGUGUGGGCCACUAAAUGUGUCGGUGGCUGCUGAAGUCUGCAGAGCAAAGCGCCACGCAGCCAUCAAGACUGUUCGGAUUCCCCAAGUCAGUGACCUCAGGGCGCUCAUUGAGGAUCCAAGACUCAACCUGAAGGUUGUCCAGCUUGUUCGAGAUCCACGUGGCAUCCUGGCAUCUCGUAUUGAGACCUUUCGGGAUACUUACCGGCUGUGGCGUCUGUGGAGGGCAACUGGACGUCGACCCCACAACCUGGACCUAGGACAAAUCAACACAGUGUGUGAAGAUUUCCUUCGCUCUGUGUCUGUAGGCCUGGCAAGACCCACCUGGCUCAAAGGGAGGUACAUGUUGCUGAGGUAUGAAGACUUGGCCAGGUUUCCUCUUCAAAAGACAAAGGAGCUCUAUAGCUUCCUUGGUUUGGUUCUAGACCACAAUGUGGUAGACUGGAUCAUCAACAACACUCGGGGCAGCAGUGGUCUGUCAUCCUGGCAGAAAUUCACCACAGUUCGGGAUUCUGCAGCGAAUGCUGAGAACUGGAGGGUUAAGCUGUCUUUUGAUAUGGUGGUUUACACGCAGACUGUCUGUCAACCACUUCUGGGGCUCCUUGGAUACAAGACCAUCUUCCAUCCCAGGGAACUGAGAAAUCUUUCACACUCUUUGGUGGAGGACCGGACGUUCCUCCCUUUUUUUUAAACGAAUGACAAAUAUAGUUAACUGAGGUUUAGAAAACCAGCAAGACUUGACAGAACUGUUGUAAGGGAGAGACUGUGUAGCCACAGCUGUGGUCACUCUUGUCUGUGAUGGUG